AUGGACCACCGCUACUGCCACAGGAAGUCCUACUUUCUCCAGGUGCCCAGGGACAUCCUUCAGCUGCCUGUGCAGCUGCGCGACUUCUCCUGGAAGCUGCUGGUGCCCAAGGACACGCUCAGCCUGGCACUGGUGCCAGCCCAGAAGCUGCAGCAGGACACACGGGAGCGGAUCUGCAACAACAGCUUCAGCUACCUCAUGGCCAGCAGCAGCAGCCCCGGCCAGGACCUUUACUUCGGCUACUUCUGCACAGGAGGCUCCAUUGAGCAGAUCCAGGUGAAGCAGAACAUGUCAGUGACCCUGCGCACCUUUGCCCCCAACUUCCAGCAAGAGGUCUCCAAGCAGGGCCUGAAGGUGUCGUUCAUACCCCACUUCAAAGAGGAAGGUGUUUUCACGGUGACCCCGGACAUGAAAAGCAAGGUCUACCUGAGAAGCCCUAACUGGGAGCGGGGCCUGCCACCCCUCAACUCGGUGUCCUGGAACAUAAGCGUGCCCAGUGACCAGGUGGCCUGCCUGACCUUCGUAAAGGAGCGGACCGGCCUGGUCUGCCAGACGGGCCGCGCGUUCAUGAUCGUCCAGGAGCAGAAGACCCAAGCCGAAGAGGUCUUCAGCCUGGAGGAGACGCUCCCCAAGCCAAGCUUCCACCAUCACAGCUUCUGGGUCAACGUCUCCAACUGCAGCCCUGUGAGUGGCAAGCAGCUGAACCUGCUCUUCCAGGUGUCGCUUUCCCCAAGGACUGUGGACCUGACUGUUGUCCUCAUCGCAGUGGUGGGAGGUGGCGCCUUUCUGCUGUUUGCCCUCGGACUCAUCAUUUGCUGUGUGAAAAAGAAUAGGAAAAAGAAGAUAAGCAAGGGCCCGGCCGUAGGUAUCUACAAUGGCAACGUCAACACCCAGCUGCCGAUGCAGCCAAAAAAGCUUCAGAAAGUACGAAAGGACAGUGAAUCCCACGUGUAUGCGGUCAUUGAUGACACCAUCGUAUAUGGGCAUCUGCUGCAGGAUUCCAACGGGUCCUUCGUCCAGCCAGAGGUGGAAACCUACCAGCCCUUCCAGGGCCCCACAGGGGACUGCCCACCCUCCCCGCCCCCCACAUGCUCCAGGGCCCCGACUGCAAAGCUCACCCCCGAGGAGCCACCCCCUGGCUCCAGUGCUGAGUCUGAGAGCGAACCCUACACCUUCUCCCACCCCAAGGAGGGGAACGAAAGCAACGGAGGCACAAACGUUCCCUUGCUGGAUGCCCACGAGCCAGCGGCGUCUGCGGAAUAACUUGGACUCAUCCCAAAGACUUUUUCAUAAAACAGGGCACUGAGAUGCCCUGGAGGGUGCCCGCCAGAAAUCCUAAAGAAGACACGUUAUAUGGAAGGAAGAGCAAGAGGUUUCCCAGAACAGCACCAACUUCUGAUUUCCAAGUGAACUCAUUCUGGUGGUGAGACGCUGAAAAUGAUGAAUUGUGAUCCAGACACAAUUAUCAUAGCUCAGGUCCCUCUGAACUCAGGCUGAGCUGUAAACCAGCCCAUAAUGAGCGAGGAGAGGUGUGAGUCACCAGGUACAGGGCAGCCACGAGCCCUGGAUUUGGAUUGGACCUCUUUGGGUUGACGGUUCCAACCCCUCGGAACCCACCCGAGGCCCCUGCUCUCUCAUUGGGUCCCUUGGACAAAAAUGACAAUGUGCCUUUUUUAGUAUUAUUUAUUUGAUGGUCCUGUGUGUUUAAGAAGUCGGAUGCGUAACCACACAGCGAUUUUCACCUGACAUAGUGACAAGUCACGCUAACUGGUUGGAUGGCUGGGUUUAGACUUCUCCUGGUCACUAGGUAAACGUGUGCUUGUCCCCUGGGAGGUGGGAAGAAUUUGCAGUCUGUCUACCAGAAAGAGUGUGUGUGUGAGAGAGCAGAGAUGCAUAUCUUCUUUGAUGAGAGACUUCUUGGUUCUCUCAUUCUGCAUGUGGUUAUCCCGCUGCAGAAAUUCAUUAUCCUUAGUCCUAGAAACAAGGGAAAUUUCCUUGAAUUGCCACCUGUGGUUCUCCCAGCUUCAGCAAUACUUCUGCAUUUAAACAGAAAUGUAGGGAAUAUUUUCAUCCUCUACAAACGUUUACAAAUACAGCAGGCUCCCUGUAUUCGUUUCCUAUUGCUACAGUAACAAAUUACCACCAACUUGGUGGCUUAAAACAACACAAAUUUCUUAUCUAUAGUUCUGGAGAUCAGAAGUGCAAAAUGGGUUUUCCUAAGCUAGAAUCGUGGGGACAGCAGCUACACUCCCUUGGGAGGCUCUGGGAGACAGUCCAUAUCCUUGCCUUUCCCAGCUUCCAGAAGCUGUUCACCUUCCUUACCUCCAAUGGCUGGUCACACCCCAGCCCUGUGACACUCAUUCUCCUGCUUCCGUCUUUCACUAGUGAAGCCCACCUGGAUAAACCCUGAUUCACUCCCCACCGCAGAAUCUCUAAUCGCACUGAAAAAGUCCCUUUUGCCAUGGAAGGUAACAUAUCCACGAGUUCUGGGGAUUAGGAUGCGGACAUCUCUGGAGGGCCAUUAUUCUGUUUACCACACCUUCCUGCCGCUGCAGGAGACACUACACACCGAUCCAGCCCACAGGUGUGUUUUGUGUAGCGGGCAGAAUCUUUUUUAAGAAUUAGUUACUAACGUUUCAAUUUGUUAAAAUGUUUACGUAAAAACCCAGAUCAGAAGAUCUGGCUGUGCUGGGGCUCACGUUGUCACCUAGAAACACCUGGCUGGAGAGGCGAAGCAGCUCCACCUGUAGGCGGGGCAUCUGGUCCGCCAGGUCCCCGCAGUCCCCACCACUCCCUGCCGCCUCCCACGCUGAGGCUCAGUGUCCAGUGCUGCUGGCCAGUGCCCCUGCAGGGUUGCUUUCCUCAUGCUGAAAUGGAAAGUGUGGGACCCAUAUCUCGCAUCCAAUGAGCAGACAGGCCUCGAGGCUGGUGUGUGUUUCAGGCAAUUCUUUUUUCUUCCACGCAGCCCACAUUCCUCCUUUACUCAUGGCCGGCCCCACUCCUAUGGGUGGUUGUCUUGGUAGCCCCUGUGCUCUCUCAUCUGGGAGGAAAAAGAUUACGUUAUGGCUUGUCUGCACCAUCCAAAGUUCUCAUAUUUCUGUGGCAAAACUUCCUUUGGAAAAUGAAUGCCCUUCAUUAAGUUUGGCGAAUUCACCCUGGGAAAUACCCUGCCUGGACUUGUUCCUGUGCCACUUUGCCUCUGUGAAAAUGAGUUUUGCAACCUCCGAAAUGGUGUGUAUUUUCGGGCUUUCCCAGAAGGAAGAGUUUAUGGUUGUUGUUGUUUCAUUUAGUCCUCCGUGCUGCCUGGGGCACCUUUCCCCUCUGAAAUGCUGGCUCCUGCCCGGUUACCCCCUCCAUGAAGGGCUGGAGGCGGGCUGUGGCUCCCUUCCCUCAACUGCAAUUGUAUCGUUAUUUAAAAUCGCCAUUGGAUCCCUAGCCCUCUGCUCUCCACCUUCUCCGAUCUCCUGGCCUCGUCUGAGGUUCAGCGUGCCCGUGAUCUUCCUUCCACCCCAGAGUGCGGCCGGCCACCUUUGGCGUGGCCCUCAUCACACACAUCACCUUUACUUACAAGGGCCCCACGUGGCCAUUUUCUUUUAACUGAGCUCAAAACUCCAGGCCAAGUUGCCGUCUUCCUGAGACUUCAGGUGGAUUUUAUGUUUUCUGAAGAUAUGCCUCCUGAAAAGUGUCAGCCUGACAUAUCCUUGGCUCUUGUCUUUAAAGCCCAGGCCCCACUUAGGUAAACUAUUUCAGGGUCACUGGAAAUCAGUCAAACGCAUUUGUUGAAGCCUGUGUGCGCCAGGACCAUGCCCCUGCUCUCUGCGUCUACCGAUGCCCACCUGCCAUAGCCGUGAGGAACCUGGCUCGUACAGGACCAAUCUCGAAUGCUGCAGUCAUUUUGCACGGGAGAGGGAAGUCUCAAGGAAGAGAAGAGGGGAGAAAAGCGUAAGUCCAUGGGAUGUAACCAUGGUCAAAGUUAGCAGACUGGUUUGUGUGGAUCUGCAGUGCUUAACUAGAAAUAAUUUAUUUGUUGUAGAUACUUUUUAGGUAGCAUUUUAUUCAUUUCCUACACUUUUUUUAAAUAAACAAAUAUACAGGAAAAAAAAAUGGGUUGUUUACAUGCUUUGUCCCCUGGUUCAGCUGAGACCCAAAUUUCCCAGUUGUUUACUAUGACAAACUCGACAUGAGCUCAGCAGAUGCUGUCUUCUCUGUGUGUUGACGGUCCAGGAAGUUGGGCUUUGGGCUGCCAGUGGGUAACUCAGCGGCCAGAGCUUGUCCUGUCCUGUUCCCGUUAGGCAAAGUGAGCCCCCUCUGUGUGACCACUUCCGAUACCUGAUCCGCGUAGAGGCCCAGGGCCACCCUCGUCACUGACUGCGGUGGAGCUCUCAGCCCAUUGUGGGUCAUCAUCCACCAGAACAGAAGCAAAGGGAAGGUGGUGGGAGACGGGAGUUCCAGAGGGGCCCCCACCCUCCGCCACGCACUUGGAGAGGAGACCCAAGGGCACUGAGGAGACCACAUGUUGCUGCCUAACAAACCACCCCAAACCUAGUGACUUAACAAUCGUUUAUCCUGGUCACAAAUCUAAUGUGAGCAGGGCUUCCCAGCGAUUGCUUAUUUUGGUUUGUGUGGCCUCUUGGGCAGCUCAACCUAGAAUCCACUUUCAAGAUGGCGGCAUCACACAGCCGGCAAGCUAGUGCUGGCUACGGCUGGGAGCUAUGAUUCCUUGUCACCCCAACCUGUCUACAGGGCUUUGGGGGCUUCUUCACAACAUGGCGGUUGGGUUCCAAGAGUGAGUGUCCCAGUCAGGAAGUCAGAGCUGCCAAGUCUCGCGAGGCCUGAGCCUGGAAACUGGCACGGCGUCACUUCCAUUCUAGUCUAUGGGUGCGUCGGUCACAGAGCCUGCCCAGACAUUAAGGAGAAGCAGCAAAGCCCUCAUGUCUCCGUGGGAGGGACAAAGAAUGUGCAGCCAUCUUUAAUAUGCUACCGUGGAUCUGGGGAGAUCAGCCCCAACGCCGUGUCCUGACAGCACUGACUGCGUCUGUGUCUGGGCCACAUCCCACCUCUGACUGCCUCUCUCCUGAAUCCUGUUCUUGGGCCUCAAGCUGCAGUCUCUGGGCUUCUGGACUUUCCUCUCUGCACACUGCUCCAUGGGGAUCCACUGGUGUCCUCUACUCUAUGAUGAUAAUGCCUCAAAUCCUAGCUGACACCUACCCGGGUGCCACAUUUUCACAGCCCGGUGGGUUUUUCCCCUCAUACUUCCCUGUGUUCCCCAAUCUGAUUUCUCCAGAGGGGAAUUCAUUCUCUCCUCAUCCCUUACCCCAAGUCUUCUGCCCCUUUCACGUGGGUUCAUUUGCUGACUCUGCCCUUUCAUUAGCUGUGUGUCCUUGAGUUGGGUCUUUUUCUCAAAUGUCUGCACAAGAUUAAAUCUUCUGAGAUCACUUCCAUCUCUAAAAUGCUUUGAUUCUCCCAUCACCCAGGCCCAGAAUAUUGGACCCAACUUUGGUUCAUCCCUGUCGCUCACCCUGAUAGCUUUCAUUCUUCUCCUGUCUGGCCUCCCCCUCCUUUCCGCCACUCAUUUUUCAUCACGUGACUCCCUUGCUCUGAAACCUGUGCCUCCAGAUUUGUCCCUCAGAACAAAGUCCUCGAUCGCCUACUGAGGUAUGGCACCCCCAGUUUACCCCUUACCUCCUUACCUCUCUGACCUCUCCCUCCUCUCAACCCAUGGCCUCAGAGCUUUAUCCCAACACCACUUAAAUCCUCAGGUGUAUCAGAGGCACAAGUACCCAUAUAUUUGCUCAUGCCCCUGCUCCUGGACAACCUGCGGGCAAAAGCUGUCCUCCCUGUCUCCCUCCUGAUGAAAAUCCUACCAGCACUUCAGAGUCCACCAUAAGCCCACUUCCUUCAGGAAGCCCUCCAGCCCCACUAAGCUCUCCCUCUAAAUGCCAGUAGUUUUUAGGAUGCCUAACACUCUGCACUUAGGAACGUUAAUUUCAUGACUUAGAAGUUUGUACUUGCAGUUAGGUUUUUGCCUAACAAGAUGGUCCUUUUCUCAGACGUAGGAGUCCAUGUUUUGCACUUGGUCUUCCUACCUCACAUUGCAUCACACAGCGGGCGCCCUAGAAAUAAUGUCUGUUCCAUUUGAAUGUCAGAAUGGAGACACAUCCCCCAGUAACUUCAGGCAGAUGUCAUACUUGAGGGAAGGAAUUCGAUGCCAGGCAAACACCCUGUGCUAGGAGCUUUGCAAACCUUAUCUCAGGUCAGCGUGAUGAUCCCAGCAACUUUUCGUCUCCACUUGACUGAUGAGAAGAAAAAAAGGCCCAGGAAGUUGGAGUCACUUGCCCAAGGACACAAACCUAUAAGAAGCAGGGUGGCAACUGAACGGACUUUCCAGUGUCCUGCUGCUCUGCUCAGCUCAGCCCAGGAUGACCCUUCUGGGAUCCGAGAUCAGGUAAGGGCUGCCAGGGAUGGCCCAGGACCCCAUAAGAUCUUUGUCUCCCGUGUUUUUGUUUUUGUUUUCUUCCUCUGACUCGUGUACUCAUCUCAACAUCUCCACUUGACAUCUAACGGACAUCUC